AUCAGCAUGUCACUUGUUGCUGGGAGGGUGAUAGGCGAUGUUGUCGACCAAUUCACACCGAGUGUGAGGAUGGAAGUAGCCUUUAAUCCCCAGUACCCCGUCGUCGUUAACGGCCAUGAGCUCAAGCCUAAUCUUGUUACCUCUAAACCUAGUGUUAAUAUUGGCGGUGUUGACAUGAGAUCAUCUUAUACUCUUGUCAUGACUGACCCGGAUGCUCCAAGUCCAAGUGACCCAUACUUGAGAGAACAUCUUCAUUGGAUUGUCACAGACAUUCCUGGUACAACUGAUGCAACUUUUGGAAGGGAGAUUGUGAGCUAUGAAAAGCCAAAGCCAGUGAUGGGAAUCCAUCGCUAUGUGUUGUUAUUGUUCAAGCAAAGAGCUAGGCAAUCAGUGAGGCCACCGGUUUCACGAGAUCGAUUCAACACUCGUGCCUUUUCUCAAGAAAACGACUUGGGGUUGCCAGUUGCUGCUAUGUACUUCCAUGCUCAAAGAGAAAAUGCCCCCCGCAGAAGAUAAUUCAAUUUCAUACGUAUAAGAUGAAAUAUUAUAAGGCAAAAUAAAACAACUAAGUUGUGGCUUCCAUCAUGC